AUGCUGUACCUGUACGUGCUGUCAUUAGCGACCGCCGUUUAUGGCGAAGUUACUCAGAAUUGUACUUCACAAUCAAAAAAUGGCGCCACGUUGAAAGUCUACAGUACACAUUGCUAUGAGUUUCAACUUCGUCACAAAGUGGACUGGAAAGCAGCCGAGGGUGACUGCAGCUCUAGAGGAGGGACUCUAGUGGUCAUCAACGACGCAGAGGAACAAAAUUUCCUCAUGUCCUCACUCAAGGCACUCUCAUUUCAUGGAAGUGGUGUGUGGAUUGGAUUAUCCGACACAAACCAUGAGGGAACAUUCACAUGGGUUACAGGAGAAAAUAGCUCCUUUACGUUCUGGGCACCAGGACAACCCCACUUGUCACAUGCAGGCAAAAGAUUUAUCCUUGACGGUUUAGUAGACGAGGACUGUGUUCUCAUGAAAUACUCCGAAUCAGGCCACUGGCAUGACUACCCCUGUCAGAAGUUAGACCCAUUCGGACUUGUGCGGGAACAUUAUCCCUACAUCUGCGAGUACGAUACUGGAACAACUUCAGCUCCGUCUGUAGCUCCGACUAUGGCGCCAUCUACAAUGAGUACCACUUCAGCUGCCCUACCAGCAAGUCCUCGUGUUCCAUCGCAGUGACAUUGAUAUGAUGCUUUACAAAUUAUAUUUUAAGAUUAAAGCGGAAAUGAAUGUUUUGAAUAAA